AUGACACAUCGUUGUUCUUUUUGCAGUAACUCAUACAAUACCGAUAAGAAUGAUAAAUCAAUAAAUGAACGGAUAUUUGGUGUUGAUAAUAGUGGAAGUAAUAGGAGUAAUUUAAUGAAUUGGAUAGUACCAUCAACUAGUGUCAAUCAACGAAUGCGACGUAUUGAGGAAAUUUUAGAUUCAAUACCAUAUUUCUUUGGUAGUAUGCUUGAUGAUAAUAAAUUACAAAGACGAUUACUUCUUGAAUUAG